AUGGAGGCUAAGCAAACCUCACCGCCAAAAUCACCGGCCUACAAAGCUCUACUCAAAGCCGGUCCAAAUCUGAAGCCUCUGCAACAAGCGCACGCCCACAUUGUGGUCUGCCUCUCUGGUUCUCACCGCAGCUGUUCACUCCUCACGAAGCUGAUCUGUCUAGCUCUCGAAGCCGGCUCCAUUCUCUAAGCUCGCAAUCUCUUCCUCUCUGUCCCUCACCCGGACUCGUUCCUCUUCAACUCCAUCAUCAGAUCUUCCUCCAAAUUCGGCUUCCCGAUAUACUCUCUCUUGUUCUACCGCUCCAUGCUCGGUUUCCGAACCCCGCCCAGUAGUUACACCUUUACCUCUCUGAUCAAGGCCUGCGGCGAUCUCUCGGCCCCCAGGCUCGCAGGGCGUGCACUCGUGUGCGGCUGCGGCGAGAAACCGUUUGUCCAGGCCGCUCUUAUUAGUUUGUAUGCGAAAUGCGGCGAGUUUGGGGUUGCGCGGAAGGUGUUCGAUGGAAUGCGUGAGAGGACUGUUGUGGCGUGGAAUUCGGUGAUUUCUGGGUACGAGCAGCACGGGCUUUCGAGAGAGGCGAUUGAGGUGUUUAAGGAGAUGAGGGGAUCGGGUGUUGAGAAGGAUUCGAGUAGCUUUGUGAAUGUCUUGGCGGCGUGUUCGCAGUUGGGGGAUGUUGGUUUGGGGUGUUGGGUUCAUGAUGAGGUUGUUAGGAGGGGUAUGGAGAUGCAUGUGGCGCUAGGGACUUCGCUGAUUAACAUGUAUGCUAGAUGUGGGAAUGUGAGGAAAGCGCGAGAGGUUUUUGAUUGUAUGGAUGAAAGGAAUGUGAUUACUUGGACGGCUAUGAUUUCGGGGUAUGCAACAAAUGGUGAUGGUAAUCAAGCUAUGGAAGUCUUUGGUGAAAUGGAGGCUCGUGGUCCAAGGCCUAACACCGUGACAUUUGUGGCGGUCUUGGCGGCUUGCGCUCACGCUGGGCUUGUUAAAGAAGGGAGGCAAGCGUAUGCAAGCAUGAGGCAAGAGUAUGGAUUAGUGCCGGGAGUGGAGCACCGUGUUUGCCUGGUUGAUACGCUUGGGCGUUCUGGGCUUCUCGAUGAGGCAUAUCAAUUCAUCAAAGAGCUUAGUCCGAGAGAGGCAGCUCCACCACUUUGGACUGCAAUGCUUGGGGCAUGCAAGAUGCAUAAGAAUAUUGAUCUUGGUGUAACGGUUGCAGAGCAUCUUUUGGAGGUUGAGCCUGAAAAUCCAGGCCAUUAUGUGAUGCUUUCGAACAUAUAUGCAUUGGCUGGCAAGAUGGAUAGAGCGGAGAUGGUUAGAAACAUGCUGAAAGGGAGAAUCUUGAGCAAGCAAGUUGGCUAUAGUACUAUUAAUGUUAAACAGAAAACACAUUUGUUUAGCAUGGGUGACAAAUCCCAUGAGGAGACAAAUGAAAUCUAUCUGUUUUUAGAUGACUUGAUGUUGCGAUGCAGUGAAGCAGGGUAUACACCAGCACUGGAGUCAGUGAUGCAUGAAGUGGAAGAAGAAGAGAGGGAAUAUGCCCUUACAUAUCAUAGUGAGAAGCUUGCAAUCGCAUAUGGGCUAAUAAAAACCAGAGAUGGUGAUCCCAUUAGGAUUGUAAAGAACCUCCGAAUGUGUGAGGACUGCCAUGCCGCUAUUAAGUUUAUCUCAGUUGUUUCCGAAAGAAAGAUUAUUGUUCGGGAUAAGCUUCGUAUUGGAAGUAUCGUGGUGGUGUGUUGA